UCACUGAAGGCCGACCAGUCCUUGUUUUCGCCCUUAAUGCGAGGAGCUUUAGGCAGCGUACCAUCAUUCACUCACUCACUCAAAGCUACAGAAAUGUCAUCGUCACAACACACAAGCCAAGCUCUCAUUCUCAGUAAACACGUACCCUAAAUACCUUAUCUUUUCACGUGUUAUGUUCAGGGUCAUUUGAAGAUAUAACGACAGGAUAUUCAUGAAAACUGAUUAAAGGACAGGUAAGAGUGUCACAGAGCAGUAGUCAACCCAGGGAUACGUAAGGGAUACGUAUACAUACUGACUGGCCGCUUGAGAAUGAGUAUCAGAUGUUUUGGUGAUGGCAGAAGCGCGUGAAGUGUGCCAAACAUGUUCAGAGAUAAAAGACAAACGGCAAAGAAUCCUCUCAUGUGAAAGUACAUUCCUGUUCCUUCAUGCAAAUUCGUCAUUUAUCAACCUUCCAAAUACAGAUGAAGACAGGAAUUCAGUGACGGAAAGGCGUAAGGAUUUCGUUUGGAAGUUAAAGAAGUGCGUAUCAGCUUUACGAAACUCUGGUGGGGGUGCUGUAAUUGUUCAUAUUCAUGACCUUGACUUUAAUGAUAAUUACCUUGACCACUUCAACGAACUAGUUGAUGUUAAACUCAAUUCACUUAUUGAAGAUGGAAGUCUAUUUGUUCAAGUGUAUCGGAAGAACUGGUUACACACUCUCGCUGACAAUACCACUGACGAAGAAGAGUUUGAAGAAGAUCCUGAUGAUGAACCUGAAGAAGCUGGAAUUGAUUAUAACGCUCUCUUCAAGAGUGUAGUUGGAGUGACAGUAACACCUUCAUUUACAGUUGUGACAGUAGACUUCAACACAAAGGUCCCUCUUGAUAACAGUGUUGAGGAUCCUACAAACACAGAACUUCAGACGUUUCUCACCAGGAAGAUUCCGUUUCGCAACACCAGUACAAGAAUUCGUGGUUUGGAUUGCCUACAAGAGACUCGAGGCAUCCAAGUGAAGCGCUUUAAGGUCACAGACAGAGAUCUGAAAGAGGAGCUUCUAAAUGACCCACACAGAUUUGCAAAUUACAUUUGGACACAAUGUAAAUUAAGAUAUUAUAUCAGCGCAUUCUCCAAGGUUGAAGGGGGUGGGUCAUUCUAUCUUGGAGUUCUUGAGGAGGACAUUACAUAUAGAUCAUACAAGUCUCACCGAUAUCAAAAGGAGGGAUUCGACAUUUCACUUGACAAGCAUGAUUUGCUUAAAGCACAAAUAAAAGAACAAAUAAGGAACGAAACACUUGUGCUUCCUUAUGACAAUAACGCUGUUGUCAGCAACCUAUCUCCAGAUUUAAUUAAGAUAGAAUUUCAUCCAUUGGGGGAGUUGUUUAUAUUAGAAGUUGCAGCACCUGCUGUAAAUGGACUUGUAUUCCAUGACAGAAAAGGACCAGAAGCAUAUGAACUAGAUGACUGCAAUUCGGAGAGGAGACUACCAGUUGUGGAGUGGCGUGAUCGAUUGCUAAGAUAAAGCAAACAUGACUUCUUCAAAACAAAGACAUCUUGAGAUUAAGGAGCCUGUUCCAAAAGAGCCAAUUCAUGAAGUGGAGAUCACGUCCUUCGCUCGUCACCCUCCCCAUGUAAGGCAGAUAAGGCAAUCUAUUGAUGACAUAGAGCACCACGUACUGAAUGCAGGUGGUAUGUGUGUAUACCCAACGCAUGGCGAUCCGAAUGACGAUACUGGGAUCUGUAGAUUAGUUCUAGAGAGAGUAAAAAGCGGUUUAUUCAGGUCUGGUGUGGCUUACACAGCAAAACGAAUGAACGUGUCUGCAAAUAUAGAUGCAGAACCAAGGCCUACUGAAGCACUCUAUGACGCGAUACUCUUUGUCCCAGAUGAACCACCAACUGUAUUUACAGUUAUCUGUGACAAAAUAACCAGAAGGAAACACUCUGAAGCGCUGCAGUACAACCAAUCUAUCGCUAAAGGCAUAGUAGCAGCGGUUCGGAAGUACACAGAUGAACAGUUCAGUGUCGUCUUUGGUCUGUUGCGAGAAGCCGAACUAUCAGAUGAUGUCAGGUUCAAAAAGGCCAUCGAUAGAAUACAUGCAAAAACGUCUCAAUUAGCUGUUCCCCUGGCACUUAGCAUGUUUGAAAAGAAAUUCAGAAAGGUCCUUCGAGCAUUUCUGCUAUCGCUUGCUGUGACUGACUGUGUUCGCAGGACGGACGCAGAGAAUUCGUUAUGGGUUCUUACCACGGAGCAGUUCCGUGUGCUUACUGAAAAUAUUGAUCAUAAACACGUGACAGUGAAUACAAGGCCAUCCUGUGGAGGAACUGUUUUGUUACUUGAAGUCGCUAAAAGAUUACAAAGGUCUGGUCCCACAAUGAUUGUGACAAAGUCGGAUGUCUUAGCAGAACAAGCCAGGACACAAUCAGUUUGUGAAUAUGUUUUCAAUGCUGAUCAAUUCCGAACAGAAGCUACCUGUCGAAAGCCAGACAUAGUCAAUGUGGUGGCAGACUGUGAAGUGACUAACUGUCUUGAAGACCAGAGUCGAAAAGGAAUGACCUGGCACUUCAUCCAAAAACCUCUGCCAGCCACUGGCCCUGACACGGAAGACCCAAGUGUACUGCUUUCAGAAGAUGAAAGCGAAAACGAAUGUGACAAUGGACUAUUUGGUGUCCUAAUUAAAAGAAGACAGAGAGGUCAGACAAAGUCACUGGAACGUGUAGAGCUUAUACAAGAGGGGACAACUGCAACAACAGAAUUAUAUAACAGAAAGAAGGCCCUAGCUGCGACGAACAGACACCAAACAUCAAUAGUAAUAAACAACCCACGCCUGUAUCUGACAAAGAAGACCGAGUUGAAUGCUCUGAAAGCUCGCAAUGUGGCAAUGGGAGGACAACAGGUGGUUCAUCAACCACAAGGCCCCCGCUCUGAAGACCACACAGAGAAAACCAAAACCCCGAGAGACCCGAGAGUACAUCACAUGAGAGAACGGACAAAAAAAGAGAUCAAGAGAUGGACAGAGGCUUUAAGAGUUUAA